UAUUCUUAACCGCACGUGAAUACGGCAGUGUGGUAGUGACUGAAAGCCACAGAAGCACGAGCAACAGCAACAGGAGAAACAGAGCAGCAGCACAAGUAGUAGUGGUGGCUGUGGGGUUGGGGGUGAUGAUGUUAAUAGUAGCGAUGGUGGUUCUGGUAUGGCUAUAAACAUUGUCCCGUACUGGUAUUAUAAUGUACUGUGUAAAAGUCGUCACACAUACUUUCUUACAUUUUUCUCCAGGUUAUUGGUGUGGGCAUUCAUAACGGUGUUUCUGUUAUGUAAAGUACCCCAAGGUCAUACUACCACCGCCCCCGUUGUGAAGGGACCAGGUGUCAUCAUUCUUCACCUAGAAAAGAACGCCACGAUAAACUUUACAUACGAACUGUCCACUGGUCGUGUUCUGAAUUACAUCGCUUUCCACCGAUUUGAAGAUGACGAGAUAGGAGAAUUGAUGGUGCAAUCAAAUAAAGAAAAUCCAAAUGGUAGAUUCAGUAUUGAUACGACGUCGAUGAUGAUGAAUAAUUCAUUCACGUUUACAGUCACUGACGUGCAGCAAGAGGACGAUGGACUCAGUAUAUGUAUAGUUGAUGACGGUGUUGAAAAUGGAAGGCUGUUUCUAUAUCUGGUCGUGUCAUCCUGCACCGUGACUAGCUUCGUCUACAAGAACCUAGAGACAACUUGUAAAUCAGAUUGCUACCCGACAGCAAAUGUUAGCAUAUUGGUUAAUUCAGUGGUAGUCGCUUCUGGGCUGGGUAGCGCUACCACAUUAGAUCUCUCGAGUCAAACAUGCAUGAAAGGCAGUGGUGUAUGUGUAGCUGAUAAUGGAAUAGAUCCCGUGGCUGAAUUAAAGGAAUGCGAAGUGAUGAAGUCCGUGCGUAUUGGCCUAAUUGUAGGGAUCACUGUGGGAGUUGCGGUCAUCGGCUCUGCUAUUGCUUUCGUGUUUUACUACCGAAGUGGUCGACGAAAACUAGCUUAUCGAGUACUUUGAUAAGCCACUUUCAAAGUACUUGAUAAUCAAAUGUUAACUCUUGUCCCACAAAACGCACAUGUAUUUACGCUGUCGUGUUGUGUGUGGGACCUACCAAUGCCCAAAGGGUGGGGCUAGCGGAAUCUUUCAUGUACAGUACUGUUCAAAAUACAAGACAUGAGUAUGUUUCAUACCCUCUUAUGUCAAACGAUAUUGGCAGAUCCUAAGAUUGUUUUAAAUAUGCUUAUAUUAUUAUUAUUAUUAUUAUUAUUAUUAUUAUUAUUAUUAUUAUUAUUUUUAUUAUUAUUAUUAUUAUUAUUAUUAUCAUUAUUAUUAUUAUUAUUACUGUAUGGUUUACUCAUAUUUCACUAUCUAUUCAGCAAGUGGGAUGUUGUUGACGUGUCGAUAGGAUUUUGAACAAGAUAAAUAUGAAAAAUGAAUGACAAUAUACAAUGCCAAAUCAUAGUCUGAUGAUAAGGAUGGGGAUGAUGAUGACCACGGUAGUGAUAAUGACCAUAUAGGCCUACCUUAUGUUGUAAGGUAUUUAUUAGAAAUAAGCGCCCUAGCUCGAAAACGCCUCCUUAAAUAAAAGCCCCAU